CGUGUAAUUGGUUUCUGUAAUUCAUGACGCCGGGGAUUAUCGAUCAACGACGACCCCGGCCUUCCACUAUUCGCAAAUCGCAGUACGUAGAAAGUUCUCAACUUUCUCGGAAUCCAAACACCUAACUUCUCGCAUUCUCACACUCUCUCCCUGCCCGGGAUUCCCCUUUACGCUUCGGAGAUGGGUCGCCCACCCAGUAAUGGAGUCCCCGCCUUCCGCUUCACUCCCACCGAGCUAGUCAGCUAGUGCCUGAACUUGGUUUGCCACCUCAUUGCUUAAUGAGACUGAUGCAGGAUACUGAGUCGUGUAUUGUUUUAAUGGUUAGCUUUCAAGCCUAAUAUAUUGUAAGCUUUCACAACAUUUUGAACUAACCUUCUCUCCAAUCACACAGGUGACAGAAAUGGAAACUAUUCUGCAAAAUCACAACUAUGCAAUGCCAGCACGCGAUGUACUUACAGCUCUUGCAGAGAAGUUCAGUGAAUCACUAGAACGGAAAGGCAAGAUUACAGUGCAGAUGAAACAGGUCUGGAAUUGGUUUCAAAAUAAGCGCUAUGCUAUUAGGGCAAAAUCAAGCAAGACACCUGGAAAGUUAAAUAUCACUCCUAUGCCCCGGGAUGAAUCAACCACAGUAAGGAAUAUACCUCAACUGACAGCUGGUCCAAUUCCUGCUACAUCAGGUUCAGUUCCAACACCAGGAAAGGUAACUCCAGAAAAUUCAGUUAUGGAGUUUGAAGCUAAAUCUGGAAGGGAUGGAGCAUGGUAUGAUGUGGCUAGCUUUCUAUCACACAGAUAUCUGGAGACAAGUGAUCCGGAAGUGCUGGUACGGUUUUCUGGUUUUGGAUCUGAGGAAGAUGAGUGGAUUAAUAUCCAAAGAAAUGUCAGGCCACGUUCCUUGCCAUGUGAAUCAUCAGAAUGUGUUGCAGUCCUCCCGGGGGAUCUCAUUCUUUGUUUUCAGGAAGGUAAAGAGCAAGCCCUUUACUUUGAUGCCCAUGUGCUUGAUGCUCAAAGACGGAGGCAUGAUGUAAGAGGCUGUCGAUGUAGAUUUUUGGUUCGAUAUGAUCAUGAUCAGUCAGAGGAAAUUGUCCCGCUCAGAAAGGUCUGUCGCAGACCUGAAACCGAUUACAGAUUACAGCAACUUCAUGCUGCAAAUGAAGCCGGAGCUACGGAUCAGCAAAAGAUUGCCACAAAACCAGUAAAUGCGCAUGGUAUCAGGGUUACUAGUUCUUCUGAAACGCUGCCACGGCAGCAGAAUGCAAACAUCUCUAUGGCACCACCACAUGUUUUGCAAAUGACAGUUUCGGUAGCGCCCCAAAAUCUAGUUGUUGAUCCAAAGAAAACUGAAACGAUUAUUAAUGUUCAGGCAGGAAAUUCGAUUAUUGCCCCAGGCAGUGUUGCACUUACUAGCAGCAUUGCUAUAAGCAGUGUUCCUGAGGUACCUAGUCAAAACAUCUCUGAAGGAAAAUAACUAUUUUUGUGAUUUCAUUUUUUCUAAAUUUUUAAUGAGAUGGUAGUACAUACCUUUAUUAACAA